CACAAGCUAUUUGAGCCCGCGCAGCUUGACAAGAUUGUGCGCGUGUCCAACGAAGAUUUCGAGGUGUGCAAGGAGCUCCUCUCGCCCUCCCAGCGUGCUCGUGUCGUGGCGCAGCGCGCCCUGGCUGCUGGUGACCCUCGUGCUGUUCAGCGGCAUGCGCAGGCUCUGCUGGACGAUCUCAAGAAGCAGAUCGCCCACGUCUCCAAACAGAUCGAGAAGGUCGAGCCCGUCGUGCAGAGCAAGGUCCUGGAGCUCGUCAAGCUCAAGGACAACCUCGCGUCGCUCGAAGGUCAGGAGCGAGUCGCCUCCGCCAAGGCCUCAGCGGCUUGGGCGCAAUGCGCUGCUGGGGGUGCUGGAGCGGUCGACGCCACUGGAACCGCGCUGUCGGCCGACGACCCCGCGUUCGCCCUGCUCAUGCAGUUCCAGUCCUUGGAUGCGGGCUUGGCUCGCUCGCUACGGUCAUUGUUGGAGACGCGUGACACGCUUCUGGUUCCUGCUCACCCUGAUGAUGACGCUGCCACCGACGACGGCUACGAGUCUGACGAUCUGGACGACCUCAGUGGCGACGGCAACGCCAUGGAGGACGCCCCGCCUGGAGAAGCACGUGCUGAACCCGCUCCAGCCGACGCUCGUGAUGUGGAGGCUGCCGCGCUGGCAGUCUUCGGCCGACCUCCGCCUGAGUCCCCGUUUGCGCCAGGUCCCCGCCCAGAUCCUAGCGCUGGUCAGGCCAAGGAAUGGACCAUGCUCACCGCCAAUGUUGGGGGCCAGCUUGGGCUCGACGCGUACUUGUGUGAGUGCAUUGCAGGUGGCGUUCUCCUAGUGCAGGAGACCAGGAUCCCAGUCUCGUCGGUGGAGCCGACUGAGGCGCGCCUCCGCCAGAUCGGCUGGUCAGCCUCUCUCACGGCUGCGCUGCCCACGCCUGGCAAUCCCACUGGCGGUCUGAUUACGGCCACGCCCAGGAGGAUUGGUCUAGGUGUGCUCGAGAGUAUUCCGCCUGCGCUGCAGCCUGCGCGUGCCAGCAUUCACCAUGUGGGAGGGAUGAUUCGAGGAGGUUUCCUGGUUGUGAAUCUCUAUCUGGUGCACUCCGUCGGGGUGAAUGGGGUUAACUGGAACAUCCUGUGCCGCGUUGGCAGGCCCCUCAAGGCUGCUGGCAUGGCGUUCGUGAUCGGUGGGGAUUGGAAUAUACAUCACGCUGAUAUGCAGCAGACUGGGUGGGUCGAUGCCAUGGACGCUGUCAUCGUCGCCCCUGAUGGCGGCACGCGCCGCCCAGCCAUGAGGUGCAUCGACUUUUUCGUCGUCUCGAGGGCCAUUGCAGGUGCGGCCAGGGCCGAAAUAGUUCAAUAUGUCCCCAUUGCCCACCACUACCCUGUCAGGCUCGUCUUCCCACGCGUCGAGCCCGUUGCUGAGGUCAAGUUUGUUAAGUUGCCCAAGCGGUUCCCUCUGGAGCGCCCCAUUGGGUGUCUGGGCCCCCCCGUCGAGGGUAGGUGGGAGCCCGUGGCCGCGGCGUGUUCUGAUCCUAACGUCUCUGCGCAGGACAAAUGGAGCAGCUUCCUUCGGGCGGCGGAGGACGAGUG